AUGGGAAUCGCACCACUGAACAAUGACGAUACUGCUAUCAGCACCUUUGAUAUGUUUAAGAGCUCUUACGGGAUCAAGUCUGCGCCCGGCUUUUUCUUGGGUCAAUCUACAAUCACUGAUAAAACAAAAUGUAUUGGUGGAUUUGUAGACUUCGACUUGUUAAACUUGACCGACGCUGGGGAUAAUAUGGUGGAGCUCUUACGAGUUCCUGAAACUGGAACGUUUUCUAUUCAUACGGUCCUAGAUAUUUUAAAUCAGCACGAGAACCAGCAGAAGUUCAAAGAUACCAACAAUCAGGUCAAGCAUAUGUUUGGCUUGUGCUGCGAAAAUCCAGUAGUCCUGGAACACCUCUCAGAGACUCUCAUACUGAUCGUGUACUUUAUCAUUUUUGAAAGACUUGAGACGACUGGCUACGCACUUCCUGGAAUUAUAUCUGCGUACCUGAACAACGUUCUACUAAACACUGAUGUCAGGUCACUCUACUCUGACCUUUCCAGCUAUUGUUCCGGAUUAGAUCUUGAGUUAAUGGCCCAGUAUGGUCUGAGCGAUAUGCAUAGAAUUUUCCAAUCACUAGUCGAAUUCUGCAGAUGUAACUUUGAGGCCGAAAUUAAUCCUCAACUUGUAGCCAAAAUCAUGGCCAGUGUAGUAUCCCGGUGCUUAGAGAUCCCGCAUGAGGACGACCAAGGAUGUGACGAUUUCUACGUCCGUACAACCUUAGUUCCCGUCCUCGACUACAUUAACCACGACAACCGCUUGAUUAAUGCACACUUUGAUGUUGAUCGUAAAACGAACGACGUACUUCUUCUUUUGGAUCUAGAUAGAGUUUCUCAAAAGACUGGAAUUCUCGAGGUAUUUAUAAGCUACUCCCCGGUGGUGGAAGUGGUACAUUUCGAAAAAGUUUACGGGUUCUCACCAGCUUCCUUUCCUCAAAACGUCAUUUACGUGAACCUCUGUCUGGAUAAGCAUUUCUUAAGUUUGAAUGGCGAGCUCGAUCUGUUUUAUAAAUGGUUUGAAAUAAAGCCGUGCAUCCAAUUCAUGUGGAAAGACAGGCAAGUCUACAUUAACGAUUGCAUAGAUUCAUUUCAAAUGCUACUCAUUCCAUUUUUAAACGGCCCCUCGCGUGAAAAUAGUUGUCCAGCUUUUACUUAUAGUCGAUCCGUUCAUCAGCGCAUCGCAAAUCAUUUCAGUGAGGCACGCGGUAGUGAUUCCGAUGAUUAUAGCGAUGCUUGUAAGGAUUUGAUAGUGCAACAAGAAUCUAGCAGUUCAGAAGCUAUAGGGCUUCCUCAAUUAGCAUGGACUUAUCAUCACAACAUAGAAGGUGAAGAGAAAGCUGAAAGGCUCGAUAAAGAGCAGAUUUUGGAAAUGUAUAAUGGAAAGCUGACACAAGCUAUUGAGUCAUUUCAAUCUUACUUGUGCCGCUAUCUCAAAUGGCGCCUAGAAAAGCUGGACAGCCACAUAGGCCAGCUUUCGUCAUUCGGUCAAGCUCUAGCCGGUCAUGAGCAAAGCCUAAUCAACCACUUUCUUCAACAAAUUACGCAUAAUAAACCAGUAUAUUGGAGUGACACAAACACUCUAAACAAUCAAGGUCAAGGCCAAGAAUGCGCAAUCCCGUCUCUACUGGAGGAGUCUGCGCACGUUUACUUACCGCAUUCAAUAAGUGACAAGCCAGAACUAUAA